UGAUUGCAAGUUUAAAAUAUUUCUGAAGAAGAGCUUGUAAGACUCGCCAAAGACACUGUGCGUGAGCGCGGGAGGCAGGAGACUGCUCAGAGGCGGCGGAGGGAACAGUGCCUGAAGCAGGUCCACCAUGCCGUUAGUAACGAGGAACAUUGAGCCAAGGCACCUGUGCCGUCAGACGUUGCCUAGUGUUCGAAGCGAGCUGGAAUGCAAGACCAACAUCACCCUGGCAAAUGUCAUUCGACAGCUGGGCAGCCUGAGUAAAUUUGCAGAAGACAUAUUUGGAGAGUUGUUUACUCAAGCCAACACCUUUGCCUCUCGGGUGAGCGUUCUAGUCGAGAGAGUUGACCGCUUGCAAGUCAAAGUCACUCAGCUGGAUCCCAAAGAGGAAGAAGUCUCCCUGCAAGGCAUUAACACCAGGAAGGCCUUCAAAAGCUCCACUACUCAGGACCAGAAGCUCUUCGACAGAGAUUCUCUCCCCGUGCCUGUCCUUGAAACCUAUAGGACCUGCAAUACUCCUCCACCCCUCAAUAUUCUCUCACCUUACAGGGAUGAUGGCAAAGAGGCGCUUAAAUUCUACACAGAUCCUUCAUACUUCUUUGACCUUUGGAAAGAGAAAAUGCUUCAGGACACCAAGGAUAUUAUGAAAGAGAAGCGGAAACAUAGGAAAGAGAAAAAGGAGAAUCCGAACCGAGGAAACGUGAACCCGCGGAAAAUUAAAACCCGGAAAGAAGAGUGGGAGAAGCUGAAAAUGGGACAAGAAUUUGUUGAGUCAAAGGACAAACACGGUCCUGCCGGGUACCCCUCUAACAUGGUGUAUCAGAACGGCAGCAUCGGUUCAAACGAAAGCAUGGACGUGAACUGCUACCCGCCACCGCCGCAGACUGACUCUAUUGUGCCACCACCUCCUUCAUUCCCAGAUGACAGCCUGCCUCCACCCCCGGUGGAAUUUAGCUAUCCUGUAGACAACCAAAGAGGUUCUGGUUCUGGAGGGACCAAACGAUCCAGCCUGGUUAGCCCGAGUCACCCGCCACCAGCUCCUCCGAUCGGAUCCCCCUCAGCAGCCAGGCCGGGCCUUCCGGGCAGUGGGAGUGCGCCGCCUCCCCCUCCACCACCUCCUCCUCCUGGCCCACCGCCUCUGUCUUCCGGUGGCCUGGAUGGUCCCCCACCCCCUCCUCCACCCUCAGACACCUCCGCCUCCAAGCCCAAGUCAUCCUUGCCUGCAGUUAGCGAUGCCAGGAGCGAUCUACUUUCAGCUAUUCGUCAAGGCUUCCAGCUCCGCAAGGUGGAGGAGCAGCGGGAACAGGAGAAGCGGGACGUUGUGGGCAAUGAUGUGGCAACGAUCCUGUCACGCCGCAUCGCUGUGGAGUACAGCGACUCUGAGGAUGACUCUUCGGAGUUCGAUGAGGACGAAUGGUCGGAUUAACCACGGUCCUGUCCCCUUCUUCCCCUUCUCUGCUGGGUUAACAUCAUCUUAAAGAAUCAGGUGGCCAAACCUU